AUAAUUCCAAUGAAGUACUCCUUCUCUCAACCAACACAAUAAGAAGAAGAAAAAGGUGAGAGAAACACACACACACAUUGAGAAUGGAAUGGAAAAAAUGUUAUUUGGAUGUGAUAUUAGUUCCAUUAGGGCUUAUAAUAAGCUUAUUAUAUCAUAUUUGGUUAUGGCAAAACGUUAAGGCACAACCACUUUCUACUAUUAUUGGAACUAAUGCUAAUGGAAGACGUUUAUGGGUUUCUUCUAUUAUGAAGGAUAAUGACAAGAAAAACAUUUUGGCUGUUCAAACAUUUAGAAACACAAUAAUGGGAUCAACCUUAAUGGCCACAACUUCAAUCCUUUUAUGUUCUGGCUUAGCUGCUGUUAUAAGUAGCACAUAUAGUGUCAAAAAGCCACUAAAUGAUGCUGUUUAUGGUGGUCAUGGUGAAUUCAUGGUGGCACUAAAAUAUGUCACAUUAUUACUAUUCUUCCUCUUCUCAUUUAUUUGUUAUUCCAUAUCAAUUAGGUUCAUCAACCAAGUGAAUUUCCUCAUCAAUUGUCCACAAGAUCAUUUGGGAAUAUUGAGCAUUGAGUACAUUUGUGAGUUACUUGAAAAGGCAUUUAUUUUAAAUACUGUGGCUAAUAGGUUGUUCUAUUCUGCAUUGACACUUUUACUAUGGAUAUUUGGUCCUGUAUUGGUGUUUUUGAGUUCUGUUUGUCUUGUUACUGUGCUUUAUAAUCUUGAUUUUGUGAUUUGUCAUGAUGAUAAGGGGAAAAAAAUUAAGGAUGUUCAUCAUGAGAAUAGUGAAAAUGGAAAUGGUCAUGAUGAUUUUGUAAUGUCUGUUUAAUUGAAAAUAAUGAAAUAAUACUUCAUUAUGUACUUACUACUAUUAAUAAGAAUAUGAUUUGCUCAA